UUAAGAAUUUUUUUAUUUUUUUUUUUUUCUUUCAACUAAAAUAUCAAUGCUUUCCAGACUUUAUACGCAGCAUUGGCCUCCUAGUCUCGGUGGUACUUUACGUUAUCGCCCUUCUUUAUCUACUAUGCAACUUCGGACUUUUCGAUCUUCUCAAGUUUUCAAAACUAACCAAUCUGAUCUUACUCCUAAAGUGAUUGAAACUACUGAACAAACAGCUCUCUUGUAUUUGGAUAAUAUUUUUCCUCUUCGUAUGAAUUCUUUCGACUUUCGCCAAUUUGUUUUUCGAAAUACCGACCGAUCUUUGGAGAAUGUUGCUAAUCGUUGUAUACCAACUGAGAACUUGCCUUAUAACUUCAAAUUAUUGGAUAUUAUUGGAAGAAACAAAGAUGGUGGUGCGAUUAUCAAGUUUGGUUAUCAAAGCGGAGACGAACAAAAAAUGGAAGCUGCCAAAGAAAUCGUAUCAAAGGUGAAUAUUUUCUUGGAAGGCAAACGUACUCUAGCUCCUUUCAAUUUUCGUCCUGUACGGUCCUUUUUAGUGAAAGGUCAUCCAUUCUUGGAAGAUAUGGUACGACGAUAUCCCUCUCUUCGAUUACGCGUGGAAUUUCAAGGUGAACCGGUUAGUGUAGAAAAACUAUAUAAACAUUUACGACAAUAUGGUAAAAUCUAUGAUAUCGCCUUAUAUCCCAAUCCUGCUGCUGGUAAAGAUCCUGCUCGUUAUGCUAUUGUCCAAUUUACAAGAAUCCGUGCUGCUACAAGUGCUCGAAAUUGUCUUCAUGGACAUCUUAUUGGUGAUACUCGACUCAACAUUCUUUAUGAACGUCAAAUGCACACCAAUGCAGUGAAAGACUGGCUGAUGAAUCAUCCUCGUAUUACGAUUCCUACUUUGGCUGCCACAGCUGCUGGUAUUACUUAUGCUAUCUUUGAUCCUCUACGUGAAUUCUUUGUCAUAUCUCGAAUUACUCAACGCUUCAAUCCUGAAGAAUAUUCCUUUUAUCGAUGGUUACGACGAGAAACUUGGGCUCGAUUGGUACCAUAUCAAGAUUCUGAUCGAAAUAUGUGGAAUGAUGAUCCUGUCCAUUUGCAAAAAUUGAAAUCUUGGUUUAGAGAAAAACCUGAUUCAUUUGUUAUUGUUAAUGGACCCAGUGGAUCAGGAAAAAGUGAACUUGUCAAAGCCGCUCUGGAUGAUAGAAGAAACAAGGUCAUGAUCGACUGUGAGGAACUAGUGAAUUCACGUAACAAAUCAGAAAUGACCAAGGCUCUUGCAAAACAAGUUGGUUAUUUUCCUGUGUUUACAUGGGUAGCAUCACUCAGCAAUUUGAUUGAAACGUUGGUCACAGCAACUACGGGACAACACACUGGAUUAUCAACAACACCAGAAUCACAAAAUAAAGGCAUACUGGAAGUCGUUGGCAUUGCAUUAGCUGAUAUUGCUCCUAUGGAAAGAGCUGAAUAUGAACGUAAAAGACAUGAAAAAGAUACCUUUACGAAAAAGCUAACCCGAUGGAUGGAAAGACACUUUGGAACAACAGAGGAAAUUGAAUUGGCUGAAAAAGAAGAAAAUGAAGAAGAUGAUUAUGAUAGCCGCGCUCAUAUUCCUGUGGUGUUUAUUGACAAUUUUAUGAAGGAUGCUUCCAAGAAUACAGUUUUAUGGGAAGAUUUGGCUGAAUGGGCAGCUUUAUUGGUUAAGAAUGAACUGGCUCAUGUUGUCUUUGUUAGUUCCAAUGUAGCCACUGGCAAGAUUUUGGCAAAAGCUCUUCCUGGCAAAAGUUUCUCAACUGUGAACUUGUUAGAUGCUCCACCUGAAGUUUCUAUGGAAUUUUUGACUCGCAAUCUUGGUGAAGAAAAGAUUACGCCUGAACUAUAUGACAUUGUGGACGCUUUAGGUGGUCGUUUGAAUGAACUUGAACUCUUGGUGCAAAAACUAAAACUGGAUAUUCCUCCACAAGUUGCUUUUGAUGAUAUUGUCCAAAGAAACGUGAUUGAAAUCCGCAAAUAUGGUUUUGGUGAAAUGGUAGAUGAUGAAUAUGACGUGAAUUUGGAUUGGUCCGUUAUUCAAUUCUGGCAGAUUGUCAAACUAUUGACGAAGGCAAAUAGUAUUAACUAUGAUGAAUUGAAAUGGAGUGAUUAUUUCGAUGGCAAAGACAAACCAAUUCGUGCAAUGGAACAUUCAGAAUUAAUCAGUAUCUUACAUCAUGACGGUCGGCCCAACUCAAUCCGACCAGGCAAGCCUGUCUAUUACACAGUAUUCAAACGACUUUUGGAGGACAAAGUAUUUGCGGCAUCCAUGGAAAUCGAAACACAUACUUAUUUGAAGAAGACAGCCGAAGACAAAUUGACAAAAUUACAACAACAAAUUAUCGAAUUAUCUCAAGUAUACAAUGGUAAACCUCCUCGUGAAAUCGAUCAACGCAUUCGUUACCUUCUCACUAAGGUCAAGACUUUACAAGCAAAGAUUGAAGACUGUGAAAAGUCCAUCAAAGAAAACAUGACAAUUGUGACUACAACUUGGUCAGACACACAAUCAGAAUAGUACUGUCACUCACUUAUAUAUGUAUACAUAGCUUUAGAUUAUUGGACUAGUUGAUAGUUUUGAUAUUGUACAUACAUGUAUUUUAUUCGUUUGAAAAUAAUAAUAAAAAAAAUGAUUGGUUAGUAUCUUUGUUUUUCAA